UUUCCACUGAGCCGCGCCGCUUCUCCAGUGCUCUGGACACAGUAGUCCCUCCAUAAGUACGAUCGGACGAAUGAAGGAGCGAGAGAAGGAGGAGCUAGAGGAGGAGGAGGAAGAGGAGGAGCAGAACGGCAGCAGAGGAGUCAGAGGAUCCUCAAGCAGAGGAAGAGAGCAGGAGGAGGAGGAGGAAGCCCAGGGUCCAACCAGGUCACCUUCCUCUCGGCACAACCAGCGGAGGCCAAGACCCCCUCACCGCCCCGCGCCCUGCAAAGCCUCUUCCUCCCCGUCCUGCUUUCUGCCCAUCGCAGGGGGCGUCGUGGCGGGGACCCCGAUGGGCUCGGCGCCGGCCUCCGCGCCCGGCAGGACGGCGGGGCGGAAGAAGCACGAGAACUGGAUGGCCGAGCUGCCCCCCCGGCUCCGGACCGUCCCGCUUCACCACCUCUCCAUUCCAGGGAGCCACGACACGAUGACCUACUGCUUGAACAGGAACUCCCCCGUGUCCAAGAACGAAUCGAAGCUGUUGCGGUUUCUGGACAGAGUGGCCCCCUGCAUCGCCCGCCCGGUGGUCCUGAAAUGGUCCGUGACCCAGGAGCUGAACGUGACAGAGCAGCUGGACUGUGGAAUCCGCUAUCUGGACCUCAGGAUCGCUCACGUGGCGGACGGCUCGGAGAAGAACCUGCACUUCGUUCACAUGGUCUACACCACUGCCCUGGUCGAGGACACCCUGACGGAGAUCUCGGAAUGGCUGCAGCAGCAUCCCAAGGAGGUGGUGAUCCUGGCCUGCAGGAAUUUUGAGGGGAUGACAGACGGCCUGCACCAGUAUCUCGUCUCCUGCAUCAAAAACAUCUUCGGUGACACGCUCUGCCCCCGGGAUGAGUUCCGGAGCCUGCAGCAGCUGUGGGAGAGGGGCUACCAGGUCGUCGUCUCCUACGAGGACGAGGAGACGGUCAGCGGGCACCGGGAGCUCUGGCCCGCCGCCCCUUACUGGUGGGGCGACAAGGUCAAGGCCGACGACCUCGUCCGCUAUCUAGAAGCCAUGAAAGACGUCGGCCGACCGGACGGACUCUUCGUGGCCGGGAUCAACCUGACGGAAAACCUGCAGUACGUGUUGGCCCACCCGGCCGGAUCCUUGAAGAAGAUGACCCUUCCCAACCUGCCCCGCCUGGAGGCCUGGAUUCGGGGUCAGAUUCCCGGCCCGGGAUGCAAGUGCAUCAACAUCAUCGCCGGAGACUUCGUCGGGCUCGACGAUUUUGUCGGGGACGUGAUCGGUCUGAAUGAAAAGCUUCUCAAACCCUGGCCGGGGCUCCGUCUGCCGUUCGUUCGUUCGGUCGCGGUUACUGGGCGCUCACCGCGUGCGGAGCACUGGACUGAGCGUCUGGGAGAGGGCGACGGGAUACUGUAA